CGAGUCAGCCAUUUCACGCCCUAUCGGCUGUACACACACAUGCACAGCAAUCCACCGGACCUUCACCAUGCACGUGGACAGCAACAGCAUGCAAGCGUUACCCCUCCGGCCGUCCCUCCAGAACCACACCAUCGAAUGCAGCUUCACCACCACUGGCAGCACCAGCAGCAGCAGCAGCCGCCCCUCUCUCAGGGGACAUCCCCCCAUCCACUUCCUCUGCGCUGCCCUCCUUGCCCCAUACUGAUGGCGACACCGACGAUUGAUGUCUCUCCCUGAUCUCCGCCUCACGCCGUCUCUUCCUUAUCGUGCUGGCCCAGUAGAUGAUAAUCCCACCGAACACAACGAAAAACACCAGAGAAGUGGCACCCUGCGCAUAUCGGUGUGUCCAGAGAAAAAUCAAAGCGUUAAAGAGGCUGCCAUAGAAGUAAUUGCCCAGAGCCACCAUCGCCAGCUCGGGCAGCCGGUCCAGCUGCAGGUAUGAGAGCAGCUCGACGUAGCGGCCAUAGCAGAGAAUCAGCCAGAUGGCCGGCAGCGAGGACCGAAUGGCCCUGUGCGAUAUGAAGAUGCCCCACCCCAUGUGCCAGAUGACGUAGAAAGCCCCACCCACACAGGCGGGGUACCAGGGCGACCGGAGGAAGCUCCGCGGCAUAUCGUUUUCGAUCGCUAUCCCGCCCUCGCUUGUCACGAGAUGCAGGUCGACCAGCUCGGCAUUGGCGCUGCCGAGAGGCGGCAGCACGGGCACAAAGUUGCGUGCAGUGCAUGCCUUGGAUCGCUGCACCCCGAAGCCGGCCAAAAUGAGUAUGGCCAUGGUGCUGUAGAUGACUGGCAGAUACAUGGCGCUCCAUGAGUCGUGGAGCUUCCUCUCCGUUGAGAGGAAGAAGAAGCUCAAUAUGGAUGUCAGGAAGAGCAGCAGGAAGGCCACAACAAAGAAGGCCACUCGUCGGUGCUUGAGCUUUGGCGACCAUGAGAAGUUGCUGUCCACUCCGCCGCCCUUCCAAAGAGAGAACAGCGCCAGAGGGUAUAUGAUUGAAUGAAGAGUGUGCCACAGCACGAUAUAGCAGGCCCACACAUAGUUGAUGCCGCUCCAGUGCACACCCUUUGGCUGAACAUCCACCUCCUCAGGGGGCUCCUUCGUCAGUAUCGACUUGGAAAUCAGAGCCUGAACACACACACACCACACACACACACAGACCCCCGACAAGACACGUCACCAUGGCAUGGGGUCUAUCUCGCGAGUGUCCAUGUGUGCGCACCUCAUUGUAUAGCCCAUAUGCACACCCGAACAGGGAAAGCGACCGCAUGUCAAACCGCAAGAACAGAGCCCCCUCACGAAUGACAGCCAAAGGCAGCCCAUAAGCAAAGAACAGGAACACCAGCACAGGCGGAAGGAUGACAAGCCAGGGCGGCAGGUUCCCCGAGAAGAGCUCGCUCAGCACCGGGGAGAGGAAGAGCACCACGGCCCAGGCCUGCCCUCUCGGCCGCUGCAUGGCCACACAGCACACCUCCCAGCAUGACCGGGAUGUCUCGGAGUUGGUGGACGCAGAGGGGUUGUGGGGGACGGUGGCGUCAUCAGGAGGGGCUGAGGUGGGCGACGAAGCCAUCCAGCUGGGAAUAGCCGCGGAAUUGGUCAGGGGAGAGUGAUGGAAGGUUCUCGUGGGGCCAGCGAAAUGCGGCGAAUGCAGUCCAGGAAGCCGCUUUUGUGAGUCAAAGCCGCUUCAGCGUCACACCACCGAGUGUUAUUGAGGGAAUGAGCAUUUUGUUCUCG